AUGGCUCUUCGAUUAUCUGCAAAAAGAGUGACAGCUGCUUUGAAAGCUGGAAAUGUAUCGCCGGUGAUCAAUGGCUAUAUACAAAGAAAUGCCUCACAAGCAAUGGCCUAUGCUACAAAUGUAAGGGCUGAAUCUAAGCACAUUAUUGAGGCAUUCCAUGAUGUGCCAAGUGAGGCCAAUAUAUCGCAUCCAGAUCCUUCACCAAAUUCGCAAACAGCACAUCUCAUCGGAGAACAAGCUCCAUAUAUGGUUGCCACCUACGUCCGACCACCACCAAUGUUUGUGAAGGGAGCCGGAUGCCAUCUUUGGGAUGUGGAAAACAGGAAAUAUUUGGAUUUCACAGCGGGUAUAGCAGUCAAUGCUCUAGGACAUUGUGAUCCAGAAAUUGCAAAGAUAAUGUUAGAACAGGGAACAACUCUUAUGCACACUUCCAACUUAUAUCAUAAUCCAUGGACCGGGGCCCUCUCCAAACUUCUCAUUGAAAAAACUCUCGAAUCGAAUUCAAUGCACGAUGCCCAAGCUGUCUUCAUCUGCAACUCGGGCAGUGAAGCUAAUGAAGCUGCCAUUAAGUUUGCUAGAAAGACCGGAAAGGUCGUCGAUCCAUCAGGAGACAAACAUGAAGUCGUUUCAUUUCAGAACUCUUUCCAUGGUCGAACCAUGGGGUCAUUAUCUGCCACCCCAAACCCUAAAUAUCAAAAACCAUUUUCUCCAAUGUUACCUGGAUUUAAAUAUGGAACAUACAAUGAUGUCGAUGCUAUUAAGGAUUUGGUUACGGAGAAGACCUGUGGUGUUAUAGUAGAGCCAAUUCAGGGAGAGGGUGGUGUCAUCGUGGCCACCGAAGAAUUCCUUACCGCACUCGCAGCUCGUUGUCGUGAGGUUGGUGCAGUCCUCAUUUAUGAUGAAAUUCAAUGUGGACUUUCGCGAACUGGAACCUUCUGGGCCCAUGCUUCAUUGCCAAAAUCAGCUCAUCCAGAUAUCAUUACUACCGCCAAGGCACUCGGAAAUGGUUUCCCCAUUGGAGCAACAAUUGUCAAUAAGAAUGUAACCGAAAAGAUCAAGGUUGGUGAUCACGGAACUACAUUUGGUGGAAAUCCACUAGGAUCCAGGAUAGCUCAUUACAUUGUCUCUCGACUAUCCGAUGCAUCUUUACAAAAAGAUGUCCUCAAGAAGUCAGAAAUAUUUAAGAAGCAUUUCCAAGCCUUACAAUCCAAGUACCCAGAACUGGUCAAAGAAAUUAGGGGCAAAGGAUUACACUUGGGAUUACAACUUAGCCAAGACCCUACACCUAUCGUCACAGCUGCUAGAGAGAGAGGUUUAUUGAUUAUCACUGCUGGAACCAACACUUUGAGAUUUGUACCAAGCUUGAAUAUCACCGAGCAAGAAAUCGAAGAGGGUUUCAGCAUUCUGGCCGAAGCAAUGAGGAUCGUUACCUCUCCAGUAGAGGAGCCACAAGGAGCCCAGGUUCACGGUGAAGUAGAUUCGCCAAAUUAA